AUCAGCAGAGUUUCAACAGACAGAACUACUCUGCUUCAUUGCAAUCGUUAGUUCUGUCCAAAAUUACCUCUUUUCUUCAUUGACGAAUUGGAUGACAUGAUUUUCCCGAAAACAGAUGGGAUUGACUCCAGCACACCCCGACCCUGAUGCGUAGGUUUGGCUAAAGGUAGUUGAAUUUGGACAGAAUUUAUUUGAUUGUAGAGAGAAGAGGGGUCAGAUUUUGGGCUCCCAAAUUGAACCAAUGAGGCCUCGCAAGAGGAAAGGAGAGAUCUGCAGCUCAGACCUAGGCCACAGGAAACAGGAUGAACCCUGGGUGGACAGAUACACGCCAUGCUCAAAGGUUGAUUUAGCUGUUCACAAGAAGAAGGUAGAAGAAGUGGAGAAUUGGCUGAAAGUCCAUACAGACGGAUCACAGGGUGGGCUAUUGCUGCUAACAGGACCAUCGGGGUGUGGAAAGACUGCUACAAUCCAGGUUUUGUCUCUGGAACUGGGCCUAAGAAUUCAAGAGUGGACCAACCCACCGAAACUGGACUCGUACACCAACAGUCAGCAAGACAGGACAACAAACAGUUUAUCCAGUACCUCGCAGUCAGCCCAAUUCCAAGAAUUUCUUCUAAGGGCCAACAAGUACAACUGCCUAAAGAUGGUGGGAGAUGCAAGGUCUACAGGCAUGAACCUCAUAUUGGUUGAGGAAUUCCCCAACCAGUUUUACCGCAAUCCUAGUGGUCUCCAUGAUAUUCUGAGGUGCUUUGUGAAGACCAGUCGAUUUCCCCUGGUGUUCAUUGUGUCCAACAGCCCAAGUGCGGACAGCAGCUCAAGAUUCCUUUUUCCCAGAGAACUCAUGGAGGAGCUGCACAUCAGUAACAUCAGUUUUAAUCCAGUGGCUCCAACUACUAUGAUGAAGGUUCUGACUCGUAUUUUAACCAAUGAGGAUGGAAAGAGCAAUGGAAGGGUCAUUGUCCCAGAUCAGACAGUGUUGGAGAUGGUGUGCUCAGGAAGUUCAGGAGACAUUCGCAGUGCGAUUAACAACCUACAAUUUGCCUCCGUUCCAGACUAUCCACAGCAAAAGGAGGCGUUGAGAGGGAACCAUCCUUUGAAAUCAAAGGUUAUGGCUGUAUCCAGAUCAACUUUAAGGAAGAAAUCCAAGCCAAAAAAUGGACAAGAAGGCCAGCCACCUGUUGGAAUGAAAGAUACAUGUUUGUUCCUAUUUAGAGCACUGGGAAAGAUACUGCAUUGUAAAAGGGGGACUCCUGAAUGUAUUCAAGAAGCUGAAUGCGCCUUUGCACUUCAGUUACCAUCACACCUUUCGCAACACCAUCGAGAGUCAUUACAAGUGGACCCUGAGUGGGUUAUAGAACAUUCGUAUGUGUCCGGGGAGUUCUUCAACCUGUACCUGCACCAGAAUUACCUGGACUUCUUCUCUGAGAUGGAAGACGUCGAGAAAGCGAGCGAGUACAUGUCAGACGCUGACCUCCUCACAUCUGAUUGGAUGAGUAGUAAUACCAUGAGGGAAUAUGCGUCUUCGGUGGCCACCAGAGGGCUUCUUCACUCCAACUCUCAACAAAUAGCUGUUGGCUUCAGACCACUCCACAAACCCAACUGGUUGCUGGUCAGUAAGAAGCAUCGGGAAAACUGCUUGGCUGCUCAGUUCCUGUUUCGCCAUUUCUGUAUGACACCUGUCAGCCUCCAGACAGAGUUGCUACCAUAUCUGGCUAAAUUCACCAACCCCUUCAAGAACCAAGAGUUUGGCCUGAUGCUGAUGCCACACCUCCAUCAGGCCAUCAGCCUGGACGAUGACCUGGUGACUGGAGACCUGGGUGAUGGAAUGACAGUCAGGACAACAUCCCUCUCAACCAGGAAAAAGAGCCAAAGCUCCACCGAACCUCGAGGGCCUAUAUCACCUGAUGGAGAUGUGUACAGACGAAGCCAUGCAAGGGAAGCAGCCUGUAUGCCCAGAUUAAUGACUGAAGGUUGGGAGAAAAUGUCCACCUGGAAGAUGCCACUCAUAGGUAAUGCUGGCUCCUUUGCUGACAUGCCCAAAGAAGAGUUACGAGACAAACUACUGGAGUCUAUUGAGGUAAUCGAUGUAUUAAUAUGUGAGCUGGAGGUGGCACAUCGUUACCUAGAAGGCAAAUUUGAAGCAUUGAAGAUUCUACAGGGAAAGGCCAUCCUUGAGCAAGCCACAAGUCACACUAAAAGCCUGCUGCAGAAAAGUGAAGAGCGUGCCAAAGAUCUGGAGAAGGAAGUGAACAGCUUGCAGUGGGAGCUUAGUUUGAACAAAUUGCAGAUGAAGACGUCUGAGCGGUUAUGGGAGCAGAGAUGCAGCAGAAUAUUGACUGAGAACAAGAUGCUGACACAGAAACUUGAAGAGAGAGAAAAAGAACCACUGUGCCUCCAAGCAGAAAAUUCAGUGCUUCGUCGACAAUGUUUGGAGCUGUUUUCCAUGCUGAAUACAAAGGAGCAGAGGACUCAUUCGCAAUACAGAGAUGCACGUGUACUGGAGCUCAGAGCAUCAGAGACUCAUUUCCUGAGCCCCCACAAAAAGACAAAAGAGGUUGUGGAUCCAGCAGGAGAAUCACUCCCAUUACUCCUGUUGGCAGGGCAAGGAAAGUGCAGGUCAUGCAGGGAGCAGAUGGAUGAUUUUGGCUGGCAUCGUGCUGACUGGGACAAUCCUACAUCUCAGUGAAUGAACUCGAAACAUUUUUGUAACUGACUUUUAUCAUUGGCUUUGUUCAAAAAGAACUAUCACCAUGUAGCGGUGUGUUCCACAAUAUGGUGUGUAUCCUGUCGUGUGCCCUUGAAAGCCCCUAGGGGUGGAAUUGCACACGCACACACACACACACACACACACACACACACACACACACACACACACACACACACACACACACACACGCGCACUUUUUCACAUACGAAUACACCCCCCUGUAUAUGCACGAUGCUCAUCGAUUUUGGGCAAAUUUAAAAAUUGUAAAUUGAUACUCGAAGGAACAUUUUUUCCCCAAUCAUUCAAUGCUUUUCUUUUUUUU